CCUACACUGAACUCGUGGAUAUACUAUAGGUACAGGUGAUUUAGUCGUAUAGAAAGGUUGGUACAAAACGACGCAUGGCAUAUAGGAAUUUUUGACGUAACCAACGCGAUACAUCACUCUAUCGAUUCUUUUGCUUUUGUUAACGAUACACGCUACUCAAUUACCGUUGGAUGGUUGUGACACGCGUUCACACUUUUCGUUCGCUUCUGUACAAAUAACACACUCGUAUUUGAUUAAUAAAGGAAUACAUUUCAAUCCAUUCCGAAUAACCGCUGGGCUCAGCGUCGCACUUUUCUUUUUUCUCCCGUCGUCUCCUUGAAAAGAUCGUUUUUCUUUAUGCCCGAUGAGCAUGCGCGACGCACCAACUUCCCUCCAACUUGCCCUCUCCAACUUCCAGCACUCUUUUAAUACUCUUAAUCAUAUCUGAAGAUUGAGAAGUUUUCACUCUUAGUAUUUCACUCUCGAAAAACAAUCUUACUCGCGAGAAGCAGACGCGGAUUACAGUUACAUCGUUGAGCCACGUGAAACUUACUGCCAAACAAUGGAGAACAUAGACGGGAUAAUGGAAAAUGAGGAGGAGCCAAUUCUAAGCAGGAAUCUUGAGUUUUGGAUGAGUCAACUUCCAGCGACCCUUAAAUCUCUACCUAUAAUACAUUUGGCUAUUCCCGGUUCCCACGACACGAUGACUUACACAAUUGAAAAGCAUGAUGAUGUGGGGCCAGACGUACCUGUCUUCGUUAGAUUUUUGGGUCGAUAUUUCUCGUGCAUCUCUAAACGGAUAAUCUUCAACUGGUCUGUCACCCAGUAUGAAAAUGUGACGCAACAACUCAAUGGUGGAAUUCGUUAUUUGGAUUUACGCGUUGCUUGGAAAUUCAAUAACAACAUACACUUCCUGCAUGGUCUAUAUGGCGCUGAAAUUACUAAGCCACUUGAGGAAGUGGCUUAUUGGCUGACAGCUCAUCCUGGAGAAAUAGUAAUUCUGGAUUUUCAACACUUUUACAAAUUUCAACACGAUCAUCACGAGAUUCUAAUAGACAAAAUACAUUCAAUUUUUAAAGGGAAAAUAUGUCCGGUCUUCGCCAACUUUAACCACAUAUCUUUACAGUGGCUCUUCCUGGAGAAAUAUCAAGUUUUUGUGAUUUACAGAUCUCCUAUAGCUAAGAAUUAUACAAAUAUGUGGUCGAGCGGUAUGUGGCCCAAUCCUUGGCCAAAUACCUUUCACCCUGAUUGUUUGAUCAAUUUUUUGAAUGACAAAUUACAUACAAAAUCAUCUGAUGUUGCAUUUAUAUUUCAAUGUCUACUUACUCCAGAUACUGCUUAUGUUAUCAAACAUUUUUGGGGCAGUUUGCAAACGGAUCUUGCUGCUGAGUGUAGAAACACCAUUUUACCUUGGAUUAAUCAACAGAUACCUGGCAGUGGAGGAUUGAACAUAGUGAUCACUGACUAUGUGUCUCAUAACAAUUUUCAAUUUACGAAAACAGUUAUUCAGCGUAACGCUAAGUUCCUAAGAAGAAAAACGGAGAAUUCUUCCACAAAGUACAUAGAAGUAAAACCUAAGUAGGGGAUUAUAUAAUAGUAUAUUAUUAAAUUGAAAAUUUAAUUAUGAUUAAAUCUACAACGAUUUGCCCAUUAAAUAUAAGACGUAAGUAUGUUACUACGUAAAAUAAUAAACCUGCCUUGGUAUAAGUUCUAAAAAAAA